GCAAGAAUCCGACAUCCUCACUUUCGAAGAAACGUCAGGAAGAUCCCUUGCUAAGCCUGAAGAAGCGGAGUAAACAACUCCUUUCACAUUACGAACAGUUCGCCGAGAUAAACCUGAAGAACACGAAAACGCUGUUCGAUGCCAACCGUGACGCGAUGCUUGCUAUGGAGCGCGAACGCCUAAUACAUCGAUUUAGUACUGGC